GGCUGCUCUCUACAACUUCUUUCUUUAUCUUAAUUCUGGCCUUGCUCUGGACGAGGUAUUACCCGUCUAUUGUUGUCGGUUCUUUUUCGGCCCUAAGGCUCCUGUAUCUCUACAGCCUUCAUUGACUGCAGUAUUGCUCUCGGCUCACAUUUAUCACCCACACAGCUCUACUUUCCUCGACUCUCAAACAUCGCUUCAAAAUGGGAUCUCCUGGCAUCGACAUCGAUGUCGCCCCGAAUCCUCGCACGAAAGAGGAAAAUCAGGAACGGGCGUUCAUUGCAGCUUCGAGACGGAAAGAUCGAAGCCUCGAUGCCCGCGUGGAGUCGGCCAACCGGGCCUCCAGCCUGCACAAGCAACGUACAGGCAAGGCUCUCCUCAUCAGCAGAGACAUUGUGGAGCGAGAGGCGAUGUACGAAGAGGUUGAUGAUCGCUACCAAGAGAAGAUCAAUCGGAUGCUGCAUGCUCAGUCCAUGCAGCUACAUGCCGAAUUUAACCGGAACCUAAUGGCCGCCUGGCAUGGUGCACGUCCCGGUGGUGGAUUGCAUCAACGGCGAGCUGCCAGUGCUCAUAUGAACCCGCGCGCUUCGAUCAACGGCAUACGCAAGAUGAGCCUUGAUCUGUCCGGGCUGCGAUCUUCCAUCGCCGAGGACUGCAGGAUGCAGCCCGGCCCAAUGACCAGUCCGCUGUCGGCGAACCCUAGCAGCUACGUACUCUCUCCUACGUUGGACGGGACUGCGCAGUCGCCGUCGUAUCCCAACGUUGUUCCUGCUUCGGCGGGCCAAGUGCCAUCCUACAUUGCCCAGGCGGGCGGACCCACCUGGUCCCCCGUCGCCCACCAGCAGCAGCAACGCGGCCCGCAACAGCCCUUUUGUUCUCCCUGGACUGCAGGCUACCUAUCCCCUCAGCUACAGCAGCCUACAGCCUCUCUCAGUGAGAUGGCCGCGAUGCCGGUGCGGCAGUUCCGAGACCGCAUGGCGUCCGCACCGGUCAUUCCAGUCCACACCCUGGCCGCUUCUCCUUUCAUGGGCACUCCUGCCGUUGGGGGAACAACCACCACAGCUGCUGCUACCGUGACUCCCCCAACUCCGGCGAUGAGCCGCCCGGUCAACGUGAUCCAACACAACCGCGUCCGGUCGGAACCAGGUCAAACAGUCCUGGCACACGGCCUGCCGACCACUACUACAAUGUCGCAGAUGAGCUCUCCGCGCGGCAGUGGGCAGGACAUGGGAUCUUCUGCCGAGCCUAUUAUCCCCACGCCCGACCUAUGUCCUACGCCGAGUACGCCACACUCCCCUCACUUUACAGGGCAGAACCCUGGGGGUGUUUGGGGACUGGAUCUGAAUAAGGAGGAAGGUGUGGAGGUGACGUACCAAGCGGAUGAUCUGGAUCCCGAGUAUGAUGAAUUUAGCCGCUUCGCAUUUGGACUGGGUAGUGGCAGCCAGCUACCGGAGGCGGACGUGGGGUUUGACGAAUUCUUCACAUUAGAAGAGUACCCCAUUAGUGCUUGAUGCGUGUUUCGUUGGUUUCUCUUCUGUCUGUCUGUGACUCCACACCCUUUAUCUUAUUUUUAGUUUUUUUGGUCUUAUUACUUGAUCGGUUGGGAGGAUUUGAGGCAGGAGUGCCUGUGCAUAUUUGUACAAUUUGUACAAUUUGUACACAAGGAGGGAGGUGGAGGCUCCCAGUACAGCAAUACCCGAAGACUAUGGCGUUGAUGGGAUCCGAUCUGCGAGCAGAUACGGACAUGCGUGAUGGAUAUAGUGAUUUAACUACUACUAUUACUACUAUUACAAAAUAAUGAGAGACGAU